UCGCUUCAUAAUACAAUAACAUAAUAAAAGUUGAUCCAAAACAACUUAAAAAAAAUUAUUUAUCAAAAUUAUGAGCGGUCGAAGAAGUAGUUCUCGCCUUGCAAACAAAAAUCGUAUUGAUUAUAAAGAGGAGAAACAAUCAUUCAUAAAUAUGAACUUGGAUCAAGUAAAAAUUUCUUCUGACAAAGAAAUUGUUCAAAACGUAAAAGACAUUCAGGAACCUUCUAUGAAAAAUGAUCUCGAUCCUCUUGUUAUAAUAAAUGACGAAAAACCACCACAAAGAUUUGAACGUAUAACAAAAGUAAAUAAGGCUAUAUUUCGACAGACUUCUAAGACUUUAUCAGAUCUCAAGUUUGCUAUUGAAUCUACCAAAUCUGCGGUCUAUUCUUUUGAAUCAUGUUUAAAGGGCAAAAAUAAGAGUUUAUUUGACGAUGACGCGUCAAUAAUUAAUAACAACGAUGAAAAUGAAAUGGAUGUUGACGAAAUUGAUGUAAUUAAUGAUGUUAAUGAUAAUAGCUCUGUUAUUGAAGAUGAUGAUUCACUUACUGUACAUAAUAUGAAUAAUUCAUUAAAAAUAACUGAAGAUAUUGAGGAUUCGGAACUUGUCAAAAAUGUUAUCAGUGAUCAGGAGAAUCAACCAUUGGAACAAGAUAUUCGAUUACAAAAACAGGAUUUAAUGGAAGUUGAUUAUCAACAGCCAAUACAACAAUUCACUCUCAUGCUUUCUGAUGAUUUAAAAGAAGCUUUUAAACCUGAUCUACCUAUUUCAAUAUCUCUAAAAGACACUGAUAUAAUUGUGUAUGAUCCCGCUGAUCCUGAUUUUAAUAAUGAUGAUUCAAUUGUAACUCUUAUUGAACAUAAGCAAAAUAUGACUACUAGAAGGAAAAUAAGGCUUAAUAAUAAUAGAUUAUACGUUUUCAACAAUUCAAGUUAUUAAAGAACAAGAUACAUCUACUUCACAUGUCGUUUGCAUUGAUGAUAAAGAUGACAAUUUAAAAAAUCAAGUUAAUGAAAAACAAGAGACACCUGCCGAUAAUCACGAACGACAAGAACAACAAGAUGACAAUAUGAUGGGCUUUAAUGAAUCUAAAGUUCAAGAUCAAAGCGUUACUAAAGAUGAAUCUGAAGUUUGUAAGGAUGAUAAGGAUAUUAAAAACUCAACAC